AUGACCACUGAAGCUGAAGCUUGUCCGUCACUGUGGGGUUUUGGAACAACAAAAACUUUUAAAAUCCCUGUGGAACAUUUGGAUUUCAAGUAUAUAGAAAAAUGUUCAGAUGUUAAACAUUUGGAAAAAAUUUUCUGUGUACUCCGGUCUGGUGACGAAGGGUAUUACCCCGAACUUACAGAAUUUUGUGAAAAGCGCCUGACAAAAUUGGCCCCUCAGAGUCGAGCCCUGCGGAAAGAAAAGCCAGCAGCGACUGCAUCCAGCUUUGCAGCAGAAGAAUGGGAAAAAAUCCACGGGGAUCUAAAGAGCUGGGUAUCAGAAAUUAAAGAAGAGGAAGAUAGAAUUCAGUGCAAAGACUCAGAGCGCCUCCCAGCAGCCAGGAGGGAUCCUCCAGUGCGUGGCUCUAACCACCAGCUCCAUGAUGAGAAGGGGAAGGGAAAAUAUUCUUCUAACAGUAAACCAGCUAAAAAGAAAAUUCCAAGGGAUUACGCAGAAUGGGAUAAAUUUGACGUGGAAAAAGAAUGUUCAAAGCUUGAUGAAGAUUACAAAGAGAAAACUGUGGUAAACAACAAGUUGCAUUUGUCUAAAAUCAAGACAAGCAUAGACAUAACAGGUCUGACCGAGAAGGAGAGGGUCUUUCUUGCUACCCAUGAAAGGGAAAAGGGCAAUGAAGCCUUCAACUCUGGAGACUAUGAAGAAGCCAUUAUGUAUUACACAAGGAGCCUGUCGGCACUGCCCAGUGUAGCAGCCUACAACAACCGCGCUCAAGCCGCGAUCAGACUGGAAAACUGGAACAGUGCUUUUCUGGAUUGUGAAAAGGUCUUAGAAUUAGAACCCGGAAACAUAAAGGCUCUUCUCCGUCGGGCCACAACAUACAAGCAUCAGAACAAGCUUCUGGAAGCCAAAGAAGAUUUGUGCCAAGUGCUGGCUGCUGAGCCUCAUGACGAAUUAGCCAAACCCUAUAGCGCGGCGCCUAGAAUGCCACUGCGCAAUCUAAGGCAGGUGGGUGAAAGUCCCUCGUGGCUCCUAAGGCAGGCAGGAGGUUCGGGUCCUGGGGCGCGGGGCUGGGCGGGCGGCGCCCCGCUGCCCAUCGGGGGUUCCCGCAGUGGCCGGACGGGGCCGGGACCUCGCGCUCCCGCCCCCGCGGCCCCCAGCGGCUCCCGCCCGCCCCCGGCUCACCGCGUCCCUCCCGCACGCCCUUCUGCAGCGGGCUACCAUGGGCAACCUGCAGAAGAGCGGCCGGCGGGCCCGGGCCCGGGGGCCGGGGUGCGGGCGAUCGGCCCGGGGGCUCGGGGCCAGGAGAACGCUGGGCCGCCAGCACCGGCCCGCGCCCCCCGAGCGCCCCGCAGACCCCGGAGGCCCCGCGAUCCGCAGAGCCCCGCCGAGGACACCCGCCGGCCUUCAGCGCGCGGGAGACGAGCUGUUUCGCAGCUGCGGCCUGGUUCGCCCGAGGCCAGCCCGCCAGGUACUCGGAGGCGAUUGCGCAGCUGGAGUCCCGCAGGGACCCGCAGCGCCGAGGAGCUGAGCAUCCUGUACGCCAACCGGGCCGCCUGUCACCUGAAGGACGGGGACUGCAGGGGCUGCGUCCAGGACUGCUCCAGGGCUCUGGAGCUCCGGCCCUUCUCCGUUAAGCCCCUGCUGCGGCGUGCUGUGGCCUGCGAGACUUUGGAGCGGUACCGGGAAGCAUACGUGGAUUAUCAAACGGCCCUGAGGGUGGACUUUGGAAUCCAGGCCGCCAAGGAUGGCACGAACCGACUAACGAGAGUUUUGCUGGACUUAGAUGGCCCUGGCUGGCGGGAGAAGCUGCCACCCAUUCCUGUGGUGCCUGCGUCAGUGCAGCUGCAAGUCUGGCAGCCGUGCCCAGAGCAACCCCCAAAUCAGGAUCAAAUGAGCCCUGCAAAAGCUCCAGGUGACUACAUCCCCAUGUCUGAUGAAAACCUGUUCAAAACCCUCAAAGAAGAAGGAAAUCAGCAUGUAAAGGACAAAAACUAUACAGAGGCAGUUAGCAAAUACAGUGCCUGCUUGAAGAUUAAUGAUAAAGAAUGUGCCAUUUAUACAAACAGGGCUCUGUGUUACCUGAGGCUGGGCUUAUUUGAGGCGGCGAAGCAGGACUGCGAGCAGGCACUGGGCAUGGAGGCUGGGAAUGUGAAAGCCUUGUACCGCCGUGCCCUGGCCCAGAAAGGCCUACAGAAUUAUCAGCAGAGCCUUAACGAUCUCCAGAAAGUUCUCCAGCUGGAUGCCAGCAUUGCUGAGGCCCAGAGGGAGCUGGAGGAGGUAACAGGUCUCCUGAAGAGCAAGGAGACGUCGGCUCCCAACAGCAAGGACAGGGUCAGGCGGAAGAUCGAUAUCCAGGAGGUGAGUGAAGAGCCUGAGAGCACCCCAGAGGGGGUCUCCCCCCACCACCUGGCUUCUGACAACGGGGACAAGAGCCAUGGACCACCAGGAAGCUCGGAGCCACUACCCUUCGUCGUGCCGGGCAACGCUUACGAGUUUGGCCAGGUCCUCAGUGCUGCCUGCUCCCGGCAGGACGCUGUGACCUGUGCCAGUCUCCUGGCCUCCACACCCCCAGAGCACCUGCCAGCUCUGCUGAGCAACAAGUUGGAGGCAGACAUGCUCCUCCUGCUCAUCCAGGCCCUGAAAAAUGGCCUCCUGGGCAAAGACCCUGCCCUGGUCUACCAGCACCUCUUCUACCUGAGCAAGGCAGAAAGGUUCAGGAUGGUAUUAACGCUCAUUGGCAAGGAUCAGAAGGAGCAAAUCAAACAGUUGUUUGAUGCCCUCACGGCCACACCGAAUGAGCAUUUCACCGCAGAAGAGGCGCAGGCCUUAAGCAGCGAAUACUACUCCUCUGUGUCUUCCCAAACAUCCACGUCUCAGAAAACUGAUGGAAAGGAAGCAUAACUGUGUUGCAUGGAUACAUUAUUUUUAUACCGAGAACAUGUCUAUUCUAUGAUCUGCUUUUAUUAACUGUAAAUAUUUUCUUAUAUAUCAGAACUAACAUCUUUAUAUUGAAUAAGUAUAUUUGGACCUGGCUAAAUUGCAUUUUAAUUUAUGGGCUACAUUUUGUUUUAAUAAUAAUUUGUCUGUUUCAAUUUUGUGUUAAAGCACACAGUCCUCAGGACUGGUAGAAAUGUUUAAAAGUAGAAAUCAUUACUUUCUGCUGAAAAAGAAAUAGAAAUCUUAUUUUAUAUUGCAGUGGAUUACAGUAUGCCAUGGUGAAAUGCAACACUUAAGUCUAUAAUAUAGAAUUAUUAUGGUUAUUAGGGCUAUAAAAGGAACUUAUUCAUUUCGAUAUCUAACGCUACAACAACAAAAAAUUAUUUUCUAAGAUGAAAGCUUGUAUAAUCAGUAAGAACAGAAAUGGCCAAAACUUCUAAUUAUCACAUUAGAUUUUGAAAGAUUGCUUUUCCUUCGAUAUUAUUUAUAUAAGCAAUCACGAAGUAGCCACUCCAUGAAAGCAAGACCUAAGCCUUGGUUUCUGUUUAAAUGAUCAACUUACCGUUCCCCUGAGUAUUUAAGUGUCAACUACCUCUCUUUUUUCCCUUUAAGCAUGACUACAUGCACCCCCUUCAUUGUGAAGGGGGAGGGAAGAAGCCUUUCUCAUACUGAAGCUUCUUUGCUAACUGCUCAAUUUAAAGGUAUUUAAUAAAAGAUUAAGAUCUGUA